AGUCGCGACUCGAUCGACCAGCGAGUGGCGUGGAGAGGACAUGGUUAUGCCCGCGUCGUGCCCGGCGGAGCGGCCGCCAUAACCGCGGCCAAUCACAGAGGCCGGGCCAACAAGUGGCAUGGUAGCGCCACGCAUGCGCGCCCCGGAUGUUCCGCGAAGCUCCGCAACCUUCGGGAACGCUCGGAAGCCAUCGCAAACGCUCGGCAGCCUUCGGGAACGCUCGGCAAAAGUCGGGAGCGCUCGUCUGCGCUCGGGCACGUUCGGCGAGUUCCCCCGCGUAGCGAGCGCUGGGAGCGGCCACAGUCGCAACUCGUCUCCCACAGCGGUGGACUGCGUGCAAGCCGGAGGGGUCGUCAUGGAUCGCUGGCGCGGGAAGGUGGCCGUGGUGACGGGCGCGAGCGCGGGCAUCGGCGCCGCGGUGGCGCAGGCGCUCGUCAGGCACGGCCUCAAGGUCGUCGGGCUGGCGCGCUCGCUGGACAAGAUGCAGGCGUACGCCGAGGAGCUGAAGGGCGCCCCCGGGGAGUUCCACCCGCUGAAGGUGGACAUGACGAAGGAGGCUGACAUCCUGGCCGCCUUCCAGUGGAUCAAGAAGCACCUGGGGGUCGUGCACGUGCUGGUGAACAACGCCGGCGUGGUGUACGAGGCCCGCCUGCUCGACGGCCCUACGGAACAAUGGCGGGCGAUAGUCGAAACCAACAUCCUGGGAUACAACAUCUGCACGAGAGAGGCCUACCAGAUCAUGAAGGAGAAGGGAGUGGAUGAUGGCCACAUCAUCAACAUGAACAGCGUGUGCGGGCACGGCAUGCCACACAACUACCCCUUCGUGGUGUACCUGGCGUCCAAGCACGCCAUCACGGCGCUGACCGACGGCCUGCGCAGGGAGCUCACUGACGCCGGCAGUCGCAUCAAGGUCACGAGCCUGAGUCCAGGAACGGUGAAGACUGACAUCAUGUACAGGAAUAACACGACUUCCGUGGACCCAGGCAAGGUGUACAGCAAGCACCCGUACCUCACCUCAGAGGACAUAGCCGAUUCACUGGUUUACGUUCUCAGCACCCCGCCGAACGUACAGAUAUCGGAGCUGACUAUUGCGCCUGUCGGGGAAAAGUGGUGAUAUGGGUUUUCUGGAAACCAGGCUGGGUGGAAGGUGCCAAAGGUGUAUAUGCCAUUUACCUGCAAAAUAUGUUAUAUCUGUAAAAUAUUUUCUUCAAUAAACAAUGACAACUGAACAUUAAAAUACAUAAA